AUGAUUACCGCUGCCAUUCUCAUCCUCUUCAACACAUUAUGGGCCCUGCCGACGCUCUUGUUCUCUAUAUCCUCGCAAGCAUCCUUCGACAUAUCCCAAUUCGAAGUCCAUUCGUUACCUGAGAGUCCCUCUCUGCCGCUCAGCUGGGCUGGCCGGCUCCCUAUCCCUGACACCGAGGAAGGCAACUCCAUCUUCUUUUGGCUCUUUCAGGCGCAAAAUCUUACUUAUGACGAUGACUUAAUAAUAUGGUUCAACGGCGGACCCGGCUGCUCGUCCCUGAUAGGGCUGACGACAGGCAACGGCCCUGUAUCGUUCGAUGGCAACAGCACUCGUCUAAUCCCAAAUCCCUACUCAUGGUCAAACCUAGGCCAUGUUCUCUAUGUUGACCAACCCGCGGGGACAGGCUUCUCGACAGCAAGUGACCCAUAUCCUGUGCGGGAUAACGACCGAGUGACAUUGGACUUCUACAAAUGGCUGCAGAACUUCUUCGCUCACUUCCCGCAUAUGCGUUCCAAGCGUGUCUACUUGAUUGGGGAAUCAUAUGCGGGGAUCUACAUCCCCUACUUUGCCUCUGAGAUCAUGGAGAACCAGAAGAAAUACCCGAUCAACCUCCGUUCCAUAGCACUCGGGGACGGGACCUUGGGCAACCCUGCAGCCUUGACAACCGUCACGAUGGGCAAGUUUCUCCAUUCACAACAGACCCUGUUACAGAUGCCAGACGAGAUCCUCUCGGCCUUCGCGCAAGCAGACGAAACCUGCGGCUUCACAACCAUUCUACAGCAGGCGGAGCAAUACCCCCCUGAAGGCAACAUCGUAAUCCCCGGUAACCCAGAGAACCUCAACUACCGACGCCGGUUCCAGCAGCAGCAGCAGCAGCAGCAGCGUCGACGGCGCAACCUGCAAAACGUCAUGAAUGAGACGUGCAACAUCCACCCAACCACACCCGACACAGUCUCCUCGUCCAUCCUCAACUCCCCCUGCUACGGCACCUGUGCAACCUUCUCGACCGCCAUGAACUACAUGACCGCCCUCUCGGCCUCCGCCACAAACACUAACACUAACACAGGCACAGGCAAGCGCUGUUUCGACGUGUACGAUAUCAGCAACGACUGUGACACCAUCGACCCGCUCGACCUACUGGCCACCUACUUCAGCCGCGCCGACGUCCAAACCGCCCUGAACAUUCCCCCCUCCUCCCUCCCAGACAGCAGCAGCAGCACCACCACCACCACCACCCCCUUCGCCCCCUGCAACGGCACCAUCCUCGACACCCUGCUCACAGCCGCCCCGCCCACCCCACCAGCCUACUCCAUCCUCCCGGCCCUCGUGACCGCGCACAACGUCACCGUGCACGUCUACGCCGGCGAAUACGACAUGCUGCUCAACCACUUCGGCGCCGAGCUCUGUCUCCAGAACAUGACCUGGCGUGGGGCGCAGGGCUUCGCGCGGAAACCGCAUCGUGUCUUCUAUGCGGACGAUGCGGCGCCGGCCGUGCACGCCUGUAAUGGCUCCGAGGCUGUAGACGCGGAGGAACCGUGCAGGGAAGAAGCCAUGGGGGCAGAGGCGGGGGUGUGGGCGUCCGAGCGGGGGGUCAGCUACCAUUUUUUUCGGGGUGCAGGCCACACUGUGUUUAUGAAAAAGCCGCGGGAGAUGUUUGCCUAUGUGCGGGAUGUUGUUGUUGUUGUUGCAGAUGGGGACAGUUAG